ACAGCAGACGAGCGGCGGAGCCAGGAUUAGAACCCAGGUCCUUCUGUCUCCCAGGCCCAUGCUCUAUCGACGAGAUUUAACUGCCACUAGGUCAGGUUUCAACGGCAGAGAAAUGUUUUCCUGCCAACUACCAAAACUGUUGUCCUGGCUCUGGUACAAUUUUCACUUUCUAAUGAAGGAAACUGAAACUCAGGGCUCAGAGAGGCGGUCCCCAGGAUUCCAACCUCAGCUCGUGAGCUCAGUGACGCUAUUUAACUGAGCAGAGUCAGAGUGUCGGCUCCAAAUCCUGCCCCUCGUUCACUCCACUCCACUCCACCCAUCCGUGAUGUGGCUGCUGGUGCCCGUCGUGUUGGCCGGGAAGCUGCUGCUCCAGGCUUUCCGAGAUCACCUGGAGGGUUUGUGGAAGAGCAUCCGCUGGCUUUCCCGCUGGUUUAGAGCAGUGUCGAUUGUGGAGGGUAGCCUCCGGAGCCGUCCCCAGGAAGAAGAGGAAAAGAGGGAGAGGGAAGAGGAAAAGAAGGUGGAAGAGGGUGUUCCAGCAGGGCCCACCAUUCCCAUCAGCGUCAACUACCACUUCACUCGCCAGUGCAACUAUAAAUGUGGCUUCUGCUUCCACACCGCCAAGACGUCUUUCGUGCUACCGCUGGAGGAAGCCAAAAGGGGACUCAGGAUGCUGAAGGAGGCAGGAAUGGAGAAAAUUAACUUUUCGGGAGGAGAGCCAUUCCUACAAAACAGAGGAGAAUUCCUGGGAAAGAUGGUCAAAUUCUGCAAAGAGGAGCUGAGAUUAUCCAGUGUCAGCGUCGUGAGCAAUGGGAGUCUGAUCAGAGAAAACUGGUUCAAGUGCUAUGGUGAGCACCUAGAUAUCCUAGCUAUUUCUUGUGAUAGUUUUGAUGAGCAGGUCAACGUGCUAAUUGGUCGGGGACAAGGGAAAAAGAGCCACGUUGAAAAUCUGCAGAAGCUGAGGAACUGGUGUCAGCAUUACGGUGUGGCGUUCAAAAUAAAUUCCGUCAUAAACAGAUUUAAUUUUGAAGAGGACAUGAAUGAACAGAUUAAAGUAUUAAACCCUGUGCGCUGGAAGGUGUUCCAGUGUCUAAUAAUUGAUGGUGAGAAUUCAGGUGAAGAUGCUCUGAGGGAAGCAGAAAAGUUCAUAAUCAGUGAUGAAGAUUUUGAACAAUUUUUGGAACGCCAUAAGGAAAUAGCAUGUUUGGUGCCCGAGUCCAAUCAGAAGAUGAAGGAUUCUUACCUCAUUCUGGAUGAAUAUAUGCGUUUUCUGAACUGUAGAAAUGGACGGAAAGAACCUUCCCGAUCGAUCCUGGAUGUAGGGGUACAAGAAGCCAUUAAAUUCAGUGGAUUUGACGAGAAGAUGUUUUUAAAGCGAGGAGGAAAAUAUGUGUGGAGUAAGGCAGAGCUGAAUCUACAGUGGUGAAACUGCAUGAUUCCAUGAUGACGUGUGGUUCUUGGGGAAAGUGAAUUCUAGUCUCCUCAGGAGUUCUAGGGUGACUAACUCUAGUCAUCUGAUUUUUUCAUUACCUGGUCAACCCUAGAAAUUCCAGGAAAAUGAGGGACUCGGUGCCUUGGGCAAUCCAAUAUCCUCAUUUUUUAAUUGGACUUUCAUUCCGUUUUGCAAGAAAACUGUGACGAAUGGAA